ACCUGUAACAUUGGCGGAGGGGUGUGGGCUGGGCGGAAUUUCCGGUUAAAUUUAUUGGUAUAGUCACGGCAGAAUGAAAUGGAUCAAACUUUACACAAACCCACAGCUCAUGUGUGUAACGGCAAGCCAUGGGAUUUACCGUAAGGGAUCACACCUUUAAAUAGAUUUUUGUCAAACGACAUAAAAGUUUUCUUUCCUCAUUUGGACCCAAAAUGUAAGUUAAACGAUCAUUAUUUUAAGGGUUGUGACGUCUUGUUGAACUGUCCUGAAGCGUCCGUGUACGUGUGUUGUGGACGGGUCUGUGAUAAGAGCAGGUAGGACCUGUGUUGUCUAUCACUGUUUUCCCCAAUGUGUCCGCGAGAGCUGUUGUGCUGCCGUUUUAUUGUGGAUUUUUGUCCACCCCACUCGGUCUCAAUGAACAUAGAGUGACUGCAGUCUUCUAAAUUUAAGUCCCACGAAAACUUCUUUCCCAUGCCAUCUAUUAUUGAGGGAUCGAUGAUGGUCUUCGUCAGUUUUAAAUAAAGGCGGUGUAGCCGAGCGCGUGAGAGUCAGGAUACAUUUUAAAGUAAAUAGGAAAUAAAAAAAAAAGUCAUCUUUGUUUUUAAAAAGUUCGCGCAUUCGACCUAAAUAUGUAAAGUCUUUAUCACUUACAUAAGGCAUCAUCGAACGCGUAGUAAAACAAAUACAAACAAAGUCAGGUACUCCUCAGUCUGUCUGUUCGUUCUCGUCUUUCCGUCUGCCGGUCUUAUCUGUUUAUACAGGGGCGUCAUUUCAGGUUGUUUUUUUUUUUCAGAAAAAAAGGGGUGGGGGUGGGGCAAAACCAAGCUUGGUCGGCUUGUUGUGUACUACUGGCUAAUGCCCCACUAUGAUCUACCAAAAUGACGUGCCUGUGUUUAUAUCUUCAUGUAUAAAAAUAAUCAUCAAAAGCAGGACAUUGAAUUCAUUUUUUUAAGUCGAACAAAUGGGCUAUUGUAUGGCCCAAUAUUAGAUCACACAACGGGUUAUGAAUAAGAAAAAUGGGAAAUCUAUAUGUGACAUUUUCCAAAUGUUUUAUGGUUUAUAAUUUUAUAAUCUUUAACUUAUUUAAAUCGCUCUCCCCCUACCCCUUAAGGUCGUAUUGAUUUUUGAAAUACACUCGGAUAAUUCUCUUCCAGGUAGCAUAAUGUGUACGUGAUUCAGUUCCAGGUAGCAAUGCUAGCAUUUAUAUGCACUUGUUUUAAUUCAGGUAGCAUUGCUAGCAUCACAUGCACUUCAUUCAAUGUCAGGCAACAUUGCUAGCGUAAUAUUUGCUUAAUUUCAUUUUCAGGUAGCAUCAUAACCAAUGUUCCCUUUAAGCUUCGCGGCGCGCAGCAAUAUCACAGACUCCGCGGAGCACUUUUGAGUAUCCGCGGAGCACUUUUGAGUAUCCGCGAAGCACUUUUGAGUAUCCGCGCAGAAAAUUUUGAACUCUGCAGCCGGAAUUACACAGUUCUUAUAACAUAUACAUCCAUCUUUUUAAUUUGAUUUAGAUAUUUAUUUUUUCUUCUACUCUUUACGUUGAACUAUUGAUUUUUCAUACUUACCAAUGCAUACCGGAUCCAGCUAGCCUCGUUCUGAACCACAGCCGCCAAUCAUGUAAAUUUCGUGACGAAAACUUCGCAGUAAAUGUGUAUAAAGUAAAUAAAAUCGCAUAUCUCUAGUUUAUUAUAAAUGUAGUAGCUAAGUCUUUUUAAUAAUGUCUUAACCGUUAAUGUCUAAACGUCAGUGUAACGAACUGUUACAGUCAUCGCUUGUUAAGGAAAAGUGUAGAACCAAUUGUAAAGCGGAUUGGCUCAAUGAAUGUGCGCACUGGGCGUUACCAGAUCUGUCGUCAGAGCACACUGUCAAGCUGGGUGCUGUUUUUAAAUAUCGUGAAACUGAUGAUGAUGCUGUCUGUGAAAGAUGCAGGAGGGAAUUUCUCUACACGGAAAAGGUGGGAGGCUUGUGAGUUAGAUUAUCUUGAACGACAAAUCAAGCGAACAAUACACACAGAUGCUGUGCAGAGACUUCGCUCUAAACCGUCAGGAGGUGUACUGCGAAUGCUUACAGAAAGUGUCGCUGAUCGAGGCAUGAGACAAGGAGCAGCAUGAGGUAAAAAAGGCUAAAGAAGACCAGUUUAAAAUUUUGAGUGACAACAUCCUCUUGGCUAUCAGCAAGAACACAUCUAUGAAUGCGGUUCAAUACAAACACAACAAUAAGGCGAAGUAUUCCCCAUUCCCUGAUGCCUGGCGGAGUAAAAUUUACGCUUUUGUGUUUGUUGAUUCUAUCUAUUUUUUUUUUGUGAACGAUGUUACAAUUAGAUAAAUUUUUAAUGCAAAGUUCCCCACAUUAACAGUAGUCGAGAGCACUGAUAUAUCACUGACAAAAAUGUUGAUCUUAUACGCGAAGUUUUGGUCAUUUCCAGAUAAUAUUUUCAAGACAGUGCUUUUUGGAAUUUUGUCUAUGUCGGCAUGCGACACUAAUGUUCCAUGUCGGCAUGUGACACUAAUGUUCCAUGUUCAAUGAAACCAGCAACACAAGAGUUUUAUCAAGAGAAUUCAUUGUACAAGCAGAAAUGGUUAUGUUUACCUCUGAUGGUGCAUCGGUUAUACUGGGCAAGAACAAUGGAAUUGCAGCAAUUCUUAGCCGACGUAUUUUACAUCUACUGGAGCAACAUUGCGGAGCUCAUCGUGAAGAUUCAGGCUCUGAUGAUGCUUGCAAACAUAUAAUUUUAAUGGUUACCGGAAAUUUGAUCGAAAGAAAUUUCGUCGACGGUAAAUUGAUCGACGGUAAUUUGAUCGAACGGAAAUUUGGUCGAAUCUUUUUUUCCGUUCGCACGUUAACAUUUUCGUCAAAUUUCUUUUUGAAUGCACUAUAAUACUUAGUAAAACAAAAUAAUUCGUUCAAAAAGAAAUUUGAUGCAAAAUUGUCAUGUAAAAAUUGAAAAGAAGAUUCGACCAAAUUUCCGUUCGAUCAUAUUACCGUCGACCAAUUUACCGUCGACGGAAUUUCUUUCGAUCAAAUUUCCGGAUACGAAUUUUAAUGGCAGACAUUAAAACAUUCCUUCGCACAGUGCACACAUUGUUCAGAAGGCCAACAGUACGAAAAGCCCAAUUUACGUAGCUAGCUAAUGUGUUGUUAUGUGAUUACACCAGAAAAUGAAAUCAGAUGGCUUUCGCGGCAUUUCGCUAUACGAGCGUUGCUGAGAAACAUACACGUGUUGACUGAAUAUUGUGAGGAGCAGGUGGGCCUGUAUAGUGAUCCAGUUCAUAAGCACUGUUUGAAGAAUCUAAGGGAUCCGCAGUUUCAAACUGCACUGAUUGUCUUUGAUGAAGUUGUCGCUCAACUUGAUACAUUAUGCAAGGUGCUGCAAAGAAAAAAAUCUUACGACCAUCGAGGCAGACCAGUUUGUAAAAGCAAGGAUCGCUUAGCUUCGUGCCCAGUGCCUUGGAAAAAAUGUGCACUGAUCCGAAGAGGUUGCUGAAUUGCUUGCAAAUGACGAAGAUAUAAAACAUAAGUUCCAUCCUAAAAUUCGUUGAAUGUGUAUGUUUACACCAUGAAAGUGAAUGUGAUGCAAUGGCGAAUCUUUGAGAUAUCAGCGUUAAUCGACACUUCAUAUUUUAAUUUUUGCAAAGAAGAACUUGCAGCACUAGUUUCUAGAUAUGCGGCAUUCCUGGAAAAUAAUGAUGACAGUCUGCCGAAAGUUAAGGAUCAGAAUCGUAAAUUAAGGUUUGUGCUUUAGAAAAAAAAAAUGCGGGUUUCAGCAGACUGUCGACGACAUGGUUGAAUUUGUAAUAAAUGAGGAGCAAUUCAGCGACAUUGCCAUCCUAAUGUAUAUUUGUCCUACAUUUCUUUCACCAAGCGCCGGUUGUGAACGUGGAUUCAGCCUAAUGAAUAACAUAGAAAUAAAAUCUAGAAAAAGGCUGGACAAAGUCAAAUUGAGACACGGUUAUGACCAUUAAAUCGUAUCAUAAUGCUGGCCAUUAGAUCAACCUUGCCGAUGUGUUAAAAAAGACGCCAGUGCACCCCCAGGAAUGAACCAAUUAAAUGAACAGCGGCUAGUGUAGUGAGUGUGUUGGAAUUUAGUUGCUAGACCCAACGACGGAAUGAAUGAUAGACAUAAAUGUAGCUUUAAUUGAAAUAUCGUGACACUACUCAUUGUAAAUAUUUAAUUUUAGUUCCUUUAUUUAUUUAUAUAAAUGUGUUGUUUUUUUUUGCAUUUAAUGUCAUUCCUGUAAUUUCCGUGCGUGCGUGUGUUUGUGGGCUGUCCAAUUUUGCACACAAAAAAUUGAUGCUGUAAACCUUUGCACACAACUGUAUGAUUUUGCACACGAACCAGCAAACCUUAGAGGGAACAUUGAUCGUCACCGCCAUAAAAUGGCACGCAAUUCAUUUUCAGACAGCAUUCCCAGCACAGUAAUUGAUAACAUACAAUGUAUUCGCUUUAUUUCAGGCUAACCCCUCUGGGCCUGACAAAGUCAUUCAAGUGGAGACUGUUCCCCGCCCUUAUUGCAGUCGGUCUGAUUGGAUUGUAUAGUUUCUACGUCAUAACAUCGUAAGCUGAAUUUUCUUUUUUUUUUCCCCGAUAACUACGCUAAAUGAUAUAUAUUUUCUUUAAAAAACCCAAUUGCGUUUGGUGCGCAAUAUUUCCUAUUCGGAAAUGAAAUCGUCUCAAUUUAAGUAUUGUGUAAAAAGUAUUCGGUUUAAAAGUGGUUGGGGCAUGCGAAUAUUAAUAUAGUUCAUGGCGUGAAAUAAAAAAGUGUGCAAGUGACGUAUCAUGAGGGAAGGGGUGUAGCAAAUAUUGGGAUUCUUAAAUGUGCGUUACUUGAGUUCAUGUUUUGUCAAGUAACUUUACUAGAUGGGAAGUUCGAUCUAGUAACUAAUAUUGUCUAUUUGCUUCACAUAUGACUUUCACACAGAUCUAUUGACUAAGUGACUCAAUGCUAUGAGAGGGAUGAAGAGCACCGAUAUCUUUAAUGAACACUUCCAUUCUACUUCUGUCCUUGCACUCUUCUGCUCACUUCUGCGCAUGACCUAUCAUAAUUAACUUCCUGUUCCUUCUAACUUAUAAAAACAAUACAUUAUUCCGAAGCAAAAUUAUUACCUAAAUAUUUGAUCUGUGACAACUUGCAUAGUAAUUUUCUCUCAAAGUUACACUUAUUCAUAAAAAAAUAAAAAUAAUAAUGUAUGUUCUUUUCCGAGACUUUCCCACUGCAAUGUUUUAAUAAUUGAUAUAUUUUCAUUGACUAUAUUAUUUAAUUAACUAAAUAUAUUCAAGUUCUGAAUUUUUAUCGCAUUUGACGUUCCUCCUUAAAAUGAUUCCUUCUAUGCGUAUAGUUUGGCUAUGGUUAUUUUACCAUUAUCUGAUACUAAAUGGGUAGAUUAUAUAAGUAUCGAUAAGCUUUUAUUUUUUUUACCGCACAAUCUAACAUAGAAAGCAUGGAAUAGUUAAGUAUCGAUACACCAUUGUUUUCACCAUCUACCAUAGAAAGCAUCGAGUGCUUAUAAGUUGUAUCAAAAUGUCUUCAUACAUUGCCUACCCGGUAUCAAAACAUGUUUCCGGGCAAUGCUGCGUAUUAAACGCUCUUGUAUAGGAAACACGUAGCUGAGUGCUCUAGAGCGCUUCUCUGUUUUCAGUGCAGAUAAGAUGCUGAUCACUGCACGUAACCUACUAGAUUCAUUAGUCGCUUCAAGGUCUCGACUUAAUCCCGUAGUACACGAGUAAACACUAUAUCAUGUUCUUUUUUUUUUGGUUGUAUUAUCAUUAUUAUUGAUCAUUUGAAAGAUGGAUCGUGGAAAGAUUGGUCACGAUACAUUGGUCCCAAAAGCUGUAAUUUUUUUUCAUGGUAAAAUUUAGAGUGUAAAGAUUAAGAAAAAAAUAUUUUCAAAUGGCUUUGAGGAACGUUCGGGUUACGUUUUUUUUUUGAUGUAAGCAUUUGUAGAAGCCUUUAUUCAGACCGGCGCUCUUCCAAAUAUCUAUUCAGGAACGAACAUAUUAACAAUGUGUGCAACAAGGCAGCCAUAAACAUUGAUUAUUUCAGAAAUGGCCCCCCCCCCCGGGAAAGGGGGGGGGGGGGUUGGUUGUUGAAAGUAUUGCUAAGGUACUUCAUAAGGAAGAUAAUCAAACAAGCAGAGGCAACCAUUAAGGCUUGUUCAACGUUUUAUUGUAGGAGAACAACAUGGAGUCCUACCAACAUGGAGCACUAGACUAGAUAGCAUAAAAACAUGACGUCACUACACAACACAUAAUAUGGUGUGCCAAACAAUGCGUAAUUAGCAUUCAGUGUUUUGUUAUUUUCCAACAGGGGGCACUUCAGAUUUUUAUAUUUUUUUUUGGGGGGGGGGUCAUUGUCAGCAGUGCCAGUUGAUUUAUUGUUGGAUAUAUUUUUGCUCGGGGGAGCCUUGGCUUUCCCCGGUGGGACACUGCCCACCCCCUCCCCCCGGAGGCGGUCCAGUGACGGGCAGCACGCUUUGUCCUGAACCGCUACAUGGACACCUCUAGUGUUGGCAGCAUGCUGGAAACACUGGGCUGGUCACCAUUGAAGGAACGAUGAUGACUAUCCUGGGGCUGGCCAUGAUGUACAAGAUAAACAAAAAUGAGCUGGUCCACUGCUCAAACUUUAAACAGAAACUCAUCCUUCCCCCCCCCCUUUCCUAGACAGCGACGUGGCCGUUACAGGCAGUUCCGGCUCGUAACAGCAAGAACACAGUACAGGAGCUGCUCAUUCCUGCCAAAGACAAUCAGGGACUGAAAUAUGCCUCCAAAACAGAAACAUUUUAGGUGACAACACUUGUCAUAUUUGCGUCCAUUGUCCCAGGCCUUCAAACCCCCCAGUUCCUGAUACCCGCGCUGUGUGGUCCUUGCAAACAUGGACAUACCGUCUUCAAUACCGGGCACUUUGUUUCUGGCAGGGACAUAUUGUAAUAUAUUCUUAUAACUCUUUAUACUUGAAACAAGUAAUAAACUGAAUUUCUUUUGAUCACUAUUUUUGUGUAGUAGAAAUAUUUUCUGGACAAGCUGAGAACUUGUAGCAAAUUUUAAUGAAUAAAAUUACCUGAAGUUGUAUGUAGAGAAAUCUUAGAAAAUCAUUAAUAUAAUAAUAUAGAGCAUUCUUUUUUUUCAUGUGUCUAUAUAGAUAUAUAUAUAUACUUUUAUGUUUGUACAUACUUUCGAUUUUACUUAGUUUUAACGUCUUUUUCCUAUUCUCAGAUCAUUGGACGUUGACAUGACUGCAUGGUACUUACGUAGCGUCUACAAUGCGUCCAUAGUUACAAGUAAUGACGCACCACGCAAUACGAAUUUAAAUGGAAAUGUAUCUUUAAAUGUUUUUGUAACAAACACACCGGUUCUCAAAAUUAUAAAGAAUAACGACACAGUUCCUGUAUCUCACGCCACCCCCACCACCGAUAACAACGCCGAGACUGUCACCACAACUCUCAACUGCUCAGACGUCAAUUCUACGCUGUGCGUCACUGCGGCAUGGUUCGAUAGCCACAAUCCUAGUCCAACGACCGCAACGGCUCACCGGGUGUCUACAGUGGACAACGUGUUGCAAUACCUGUACAUAACCACCUCGUUCCGUGGGAGGCUGGGUAACCAGAUGUGCAUGUACGCAGCCCUUCUGGGAAUAGCUAAGGCCAACGACCGACGUCCGUUCAUUCGGAGUGGGACGCUGUUGGACGGUAACUUUGCCAUAACGCACGUCACGAACAACAUAAGCACCCACGGGUAAGUCCAACCGGGAGAGGUGUGCGCGCUUAAGACUUGUGUGUGUUGCUCUUAAGACUUGUGUGUGUUGCUCUUAAGACUUGUGUGCCUCGCUGUUAAGAUUUUUAUGCAUCGCUCUGAAGACUUGUGUCUGUCGCUCUUCAGACUUGUGUCUGUCGCUAUUAAGACUUGUGUUUCUCGCUGUUAAGAUUUGUAUGCAUCGCUCUUAAGACUUGUGUGUGUCGCUCUUAAGACUUGUGUGUGUCUGAGAAUGAUUACUUACAAUGUAAAAAAAUAAUUGCUAAUGCCUCAUAAAACUUUCGGCAGACGUUUAACGACUUGAUAGCAUUUUGCCUUAGGGGUUUCAAACAAUUGCCACAAUACAGAAAUUAUUGUCUCCAAGUCCCUAGGUACAGAACAUACGCCUUUACGUCUAAAGGAACAGGAUAUCCAUAGGAACAGGAUAUAUGUCUUUACUUCCCUGGGUACAGAACAUAUGUCUUCAAGUCCCUGAGUAAAGAACGUAUGUUUUUAAGUCCCUAGGUACAAAGCAUAUGUUUUUAAGUCCCUAGGUACAGAACUUAUGUCCUUACAUUCCUGUGUACAGAACAUAUGUUUUUAAGUCAUUAGGUACAGAACAUAUGUCCUUACAUUCCUGGGUACAGAACAUAUGUUUUUACAUUCCUAGGUACAUAACAUAUGUUUUUAAGUCCCAAGGUACAUAACAUAUGUUUUUAAGUCCCUAGGUACAGAACAUAUGUCCUUACAUUCCUGGGUACAGAACAUAUGUUUUUACAUCCCUAGGUACAGAACAUAUGUCUUGAAGUCUCUAGAUACUAAAAAUAUGUCUCUACCUUGUCCAGACUUUAAGUCUGCUUUUAAUCAGUAGAUAACAAUGUGUCUGUCUGACGCAAGCUUUUAUUUGAUGGCUAUAAUUUUCCACGCAUUCAGCAGUCAAGUGACUGUGCCGUGAACAACUGUAUAUUGACAUAGUUUAUUUCUCAAGGUGGUAGCUGGAAGGGCUAAUCACGUGUAUUGCGCUAAAGGAAUGUCUGUAAUGGAAUAGUGCUGCAGUCAACAACUAUUCAUUAAAGUGAAACUUAUUUUAACAUUGUCGAAUUUUGUCAAUAAAUGAAUGAGACGUGAAAAUUGAAUUCUUCUAGGAUACAUGUAAAUAUAUAAAUUAUGUAAAUUUAAUUUAUAAUUAUUUAAAUGUUUCGUUGUUAUACUGAUGACGGCAUUUGCCGAAAUAUUAACGUAUGUAUUAUGUAAAAUUAGUAUUAAAGCUGAACGUAUAUUGUUUCAAUGACACAUAUUUUUCGUGUUUAAUUAAUCUGUUUCAAAGCUUCAUUGCAUCCAAACAUACAUAUAAUUAGUACACAGAGUGAGUACUGAGUGAGACAUGUGUCUGCAGAGUUGAUCAAGUAUGUAACGGUCAUAUUUACAUUAUGUCAGAGCUGUAAGGUUAUCUGACGGCUUAAGUAACUAGUGUACAAUCAGGACAUGGGCCAUACGUUUCAGGGUAACUCUUGACUUGGCCAAUCUUCUUCACAAUGAGUCUGCAUACCUCCAUUAACUCCAGCUGUGUUGAUAUCCCUGAUUACUUCUUUCAAUAUGCUCAUUUUAUCAAAGGAAUCGUUCAAUGUAGCUAGCGUUUCAUGUCAACAUUUGAGAAGUGAGACACAGGACACAUUAAAUUGUAUAAUUCACACCGUCUGAGAGUGGCUGUGGAAAAAACAAUUAAAGUCUGCCUUGGCCGACUUUGCUGUAUUGCGACAGUUGCGUCCCUUCGUUGUCAGUACGUGGGGCCAGUGAUUCUUGAGUUUAGAUGUGAAGGGGCCAGUGAUUCUUGAGUUGAGAUGUGAGGGGCCAGUGAUUCUUGAGUUGAGAUGUGAGGGGCCAGUGAUUCUUUUGUUGAGAUGUGAGGAGCCAGUGAUUCUUGAGUUGAGAUGUGAGGGCCCAGUGAUUCUUGAGUUGAGAUGUGAGGGGCCAGUGAUUCCUAAGUUGAUAUGUGAGGGGCCAAUGAUUCUUGAGCUGAGAUGUGAGGGACCAGUGAUUCUAGAGUUGAGAUGUGAGGGGUCAGUGAUUCUUGAGUUAAUAUGUGAGAGGCCAGUGAUUCUUGAGCUGAGAUGUGAGAGGCCAGUGAUUCUUGAGUUGAGAUGUGAGGGAGCAGUGAUUCUUGAGUUGAGAUGUCAGAGGUCAUGUUAUCUUACCUGUAGCUAGUCGUCAAAAAUCUAGACAUCAAGCUUAAACAGACGUGUCUGGUUUUUAUUGUAUCAGACACAGUAUAGCUAAAUAUAACCGCCUUGGUCUAUUUCUAUGUUCUUAUGUAGCGUAGUGAUAGUUUCAAUAAUAACGAUUUGAUUUAAAGUCACUUCAACAACGCAGCUGCGGACCACGGCUGCCACCAAUGUAACGUAUGGCAGAUCUCCUGAUAGCACCAUAGUUAUUUAAAGCUUGAAGUGUUAACAUGAUGACCUUUACGCUAUUAUAUCCUGCACCCAUAUGUCUCACUCACUAUUCACUCUACAUAUUCGCAGACGUCCAAUCUCAACAUAUCAUUUAUUUUUUUUACAUCUUACAAAAUAUAGAAUGAGUUUCACAUUGAUGUAUGUUAGUUGAUUUGCAGCCGCAGUCCCAUUACAUUGAAAUCGUUUAGCACAAUACCUUUGAUUAGACUUUCCAGCUACCACCUUUAAAAUUACAAUAUGUCAAUACGUCUCCUUUCCCAUUUCCGCCGUGUCCAUCUUUCGAUCUCUUUCUAUGGGUGCGUAUACUCGCUCAUCUCUUUCUAUGGGUGCGUAUACUCGCUCAUCUCUUUCUAUGGGUGCGUAUACUCGCUCAUCUCUUUCUAUGGGUGCGUAUACUCGCUCAUCUCUUUCUAUGGGUGCGUAUACGUGCUCAUCUCUUUCUAUGGGUGCGUAUACUCGCUCAUCUCUUUCUAUGGGUGCGUAUACUCGCUCAUCUGCUAAAUUAUAAUACUUACUCGUCUCUAUUAUUGUACUGAAUUAUCGAUCUGCUACAAUAUAAAAAAAGUAAAUUUCAACGAAAAGUUAUCAAAUAACUUAAGUUUGAAUCCCCAAUUGUCUUGAAUUUUUAAAUCGAAGUGAACAAAUAAAAAUUAAAUCUAGCAGAAGUGAAACGACAGGAAAGCCCAGAAAAGAGAUGAAAAAAAAAAUAUAAUUGAUUCAAUUUUUUGAAAAAGUUAAUUUUAAUUUUAAUAGUAAUAUAUUUUUUAAUUGCUUUUUUAAAAAAAAAAUUGUUUCUGGCAUAUGUUCCUUUUUUUGUAAUUGAUGCUAAAAAAAAAAAGAAGAAUUUGUUUUGUUAAGCUCGAAUUCCAUUAUACAUUUUAAUUAUUUUUUUUUCUCCUAAAUUUCUUUAGGUGGACCACUGUUCAUCAGGAAAAUCACGCACAGUUCUACCCAUCAUUUUUCAACCUCCCUAAAAGAAACAUAACUCUCUGGGGAUAUUUCUUCUCCUGGAAAUUCUUGGACCACGCAAAAGAGGAAAUCAGGAGAGAGUUUACCUUCCACCCCGGGAUUCAGCAACGAAGGGACGAAUUCUUCCGGCAACUCACGAAACAGAGAGGUGGUGACGUCGUGUCUGUCGGUGUACACGUCAGAAGAGGGGAUUUCCUGGCAGAGCGUCAUCAGGAUGCCGGGUUCGGGGUACCGCAGGCUUCGUAUUACGUCAAGGCUUUUGCGACACUGAGAGAACUGUUGCCCAACGGCUCUCUGGUCUUCGUCGUUGCCAGCGACGACCUCGGGUGGUGCGAGAGCAAUCUCAACGCCAGCGACGUCGUCAUCCUGAGCCAAGGCUCGCCCGGGCUGCACCUCGCCAUCCUGGCCGGGUGCGACCACUCGGUGAUCUCCGGCGGGACGUACGGCUGGUGGGCGGCCUGGCUGGCCAACGGGACCACGGUUUACUACGCGGACUACCCGACGCCGGGGUCACAGUUAUCGCGGGGCUUCGUCAAUUCGGAUGUGUAUCUUCCAAGCUGGAUACCUCGAAAUAACUAGGUGGUUUUGAGGGGUAUGUGAACGUCUCAUUUGAACAGUGGCACUAAAUCAUGCCAUUAAUUUAUUGAUCUCCUUAUGUAUGUGUGCGUGCCGCAAGAAGGGAAUCUUUGUCAGAUUAUUUUCUUUAAGUAUGUAAACCAUGCGCAAACGCUGCCAGUACUGCAACUCUUGCAUCUUGCAUCUUGCACGCAUGUGAGUGUUUCUCAACAGCGCUCAGCUACGGCCGCCAUGGAUUCCAAGGAAAGUUUGUUGGGCAAUUUUUAAUUUGAAAUGGGGCUCGCAACGGUGAUAAAUGUAUUCAGUGGAGACCAUUAUUUUGGCUUUUAAUUAAGUGUUCAUGAAAAAAAGGGGGUUGCAAGUUUGAAAAUUGUAGUAUAACAAUUUAUAUUUUAUUUACAAAAGACGGCGCUAGAAAACGCGGUUAUGCUGUCUGUUGUUGCGACAUUUCGCCGUUCUGAGAGUGGACUGUCUCAAAGAAACCCCUGUGUUGUUACGACAUUUCGCCGUUCUGAGAGUGGACUGUGUCAAAGGAAGGGGACCCCUGACGGCUUAGUAACUGUUUCGAUAGAGAAUCACGAAUGUAUUCUCUAAGAUGGUUCUGCAUCCCGACCCCCCUCCCCUUUUAUUAAGACUAAGAAGAAGCUCUGUAACAUUCAACACAAGUGAUUGAAAUGUUCGUACACCAAUUGGUUAAGGGCAUUGUUGCAAAUUUGAUAAAACGGGGAAACAUGUUUGCACACAGUGUGUGAGGAUUCAGACGAAAGUCACAUUUACUUAUUGGUGGAUUAGGCUUCACCUUGCUUCGACAGAGUGCUUUUCCAAAAAAACAUCAAAAGUUUGUGAAAUAGUCAGCAUAAGCGUGUGACUUGGUGCAGACAUUUGAAAAACUCCCUCGGAUUAGGUCUGUCCUCUUCUUUUAAAAAAAACUGGAUCCCAUUCAGACAAAAUACUUCCUUGCUAACGCCUUUUAUAACAGCCG